AUGGUUCACCAUACUACUCAUCCGAUGCCGGACCGUGUUGUCAAAAUCACCGUCAGAGAAUGGAGGGAACGCAAAGAGGAAGCGGAACCCCAACCCGACCCAUCACGUACUCGUCUAGAAGAACAGCUUCAUGUCCAACCAGUUGGCACAUGCCGAAGAUCGCAUGGCAGGCACAGCAAGGGCGCGCGCGGCUCAAGGCGAUACAAAGGAUGCGUGCUCGCACCCGUGCCAAACCGGCUAGCAUCAUCUGGCCAAUCCGCAGAUGCGCCAGACACACCCAACGCGCAUCUGUCGAGCCCGUCCCGCAGCGGCGCCCCACCCCGUGCCCCAAACCCCGUGACCCUGGCCUGGAAGGAUAGGAGGCGGGCGCCGCGCAGUGGCUGUGUGGCCCGCGGAUGGGCCUUGGCGGCACAGAGUGGGCAGUGCAAUGCCGCUGCUGCACGCACUCGCACAAACCCCAAGACAACGCCAGUCCGGAUGAAAAGAACAGGCGACAAUUUGACGAGACACGUCGAUAGGAGAGGGGAGCCAAAUGUGGGUCUUGCGCAGAUCGCGACGCUCCGCAUCGUGGAUGGCAUCGACGUCCAAGACAGUGGGACUUGCAUAGAAAAAUACCAAGCCCUGAGAUAUUUGGCGGCAUGGUCGUCUGGCACAAACUAUGCACGCACAAAACACCAUCCAUGCAAAGCCAAAGCCAAGGUCACAUACCGUGAGCUCAAGUACCGAAGGGAGAAGGAGAUGCGCCGUGUGUUGGACGGAGUUCCUCACAGCCCUGGACGUGCGCCUCCACAGAGGCAGGCACAUCGCCAAAAGCGGCUAGGCGCAAGGUCGCGCAGGCGCUCUUUGGCAAUGGCUGCCGCGGCACCGGGUUUUGAUAUGCAGAGAUCCCCUCUGGCCGACUUGCCAUACGCUGAGAUCCCAUCCGCGCGUCUGGUACGUGCCAUGGGGAAGGUCUUGGGCGCAGCUGAGCGGGACAGAACGGAGGCAAUUGCGGUGUUUCGGGGAAAGGCGAUGUUUGUGAACCACUUCAGUCAGCUGGUACUUUGGUCCUAUGUGGACCUUGAGACUCAGCCAGCACAGGAUCAUCGCAUGAGAUGGAGAGGCACCGCAAGCUCAAAUGCGGAUGCGUGUGUAGGAUGCCAGCAACACAACCUCAGCUUGGGGCGGAGUGCACCGGCAUGUUGUAUGCCUGGGUGGGCAGCUUGCGCAGCAGCCGCCACCGUGUAUGACGAUGACGAGGAUAGUGACAACAGUGACGAGGAUGGUGGGGAUGGUGACGACGACGGUGGGGAUGGUGACAAUGGUGACAAUGGUGACAAGCCGCUGUACCGCACAGGGCCUUGA